CAGUUGCAGCAGCCGGACCCAUGAUAAAGACCGUGUCGAGUCGAGAAGAUACGAGGAUCGCUCACCAGUAUUGUUCCGUUUGCGUUACGGUGGAUUUGGAUUGUAUGUACAACAUGACAUUUGAGGAACUAAAUGCGGAUUAUUCUCAAGAAAGAAUGGACACAAUGGCGAAGGCUUUGGAAGAAGUGCUCACCUCGGCCCUGUCGCAGGGCUGCAUCACGGUCGGAGUCUACGAGGCGGCCAAAUCUCUUAACGUAGACCCUGAUAACGUGGUUCUGUGCAUCCUGGCCACGGACGAUGAGGAUGUUAAAGACGUGGCCCUGCAGAUCCACUUCACCCUCAUCCAGGCUUUCUGCUGCGAGAACGACAUCAACAUCCUGAGAGUGAACAACACCAGGCGCCUGGCAGAGAUCCUGGACGGAGGCGCGAAGCAGACCGGGGGCGAACCGAUGGACCUGCACUGCGUGCUCGUCACGAGUCCCCCCUCCUCCUCAUGGAAAGACCCUGCUCUGAGCAAACUGAACCGACUCUGCAGAGAGAGCCGCUGCAUGGAUCAGUGGGUACCCAUCAUCAAUCUGCCCGAACGAUGAACUCAUCCCCGUUUGGAAAAAAGAAACUGUCCAGACAAGGAAUUGCAUCUGCACAGGAAGAGUGGUGUGAACCCUGAUGGACACAUAUUACCACCCAGAGAUCAAAUUCCAAAGCGCCGCUGACGGGGAAGGAAAAAUUUUGAAGGAAAAAUAAAACAACCCCCGCUGUUGGCGUGGGGCGUCUUCACAAGAAAAAAAAAAUUGCAAAGAGUUGGACUUCCACUUUGGACAGGACUGUUUGGAGUUUCGUCUGUCGGCCUUUGCAGCGGAGAUAAGAUGGCAAGGCUCUUGUAUCGUUGUGAAGUGGAAGUGAUGGGGAAAAAAAGCAUCUGUGCUUUUUUUUUAUGUGAAUCCGGAAACUGUACAGAAGGAUUAUAUCACAUGUUUGUUUGGUAAAGCCUCUGUGACCGGUCAGAGAAGAGUGGAGAAACCAGAGCACGGAGCUGUCGAGUGGACCAAGGCUUCGGCCUCUCUCUGCAGAAACUAAGCACUUGUUGAAACACUGGACCUAUUGCAAUUUUACUUAUUUGAUCAGAAUUGUUGAUGUUGCUAUUGUCAUAAUUU